AUGUCGGCAGAUCGCAGCACCUUGCAAAGCUCGGCCGCCCGCACCCGCAUCAAGCGCCGAACCACGCCCCUCUCGCCCACCCGCUCACCGUCGCGCCCGAAUGACGCCCCCUCGGCUCGACGGUCUCGCAGCUGGGAGACGGACGACGACUCGCAAGACGACCAACAGCUUCUCGACGACCGCCGCCGCUACUCGCAGCGCAAGGUCGAGCAGGUCAAGGCGGCAAAGCGCCCACCUCGACCACCGGCAACCUCUCAUGUCCUCGCGGCUCUCGGCCCGAUUCGCUGGGCCGCUCGCCUGUCGCGCAAGGCCGCCUGGACCCUCCUCCCUUGCCUCCUUCCCCUCGUCCCGUACCUCAUCCUCGCCCUCAGCGUCUACCUGGGCAUCGCCGUCGCCCGCUCCUACCUCGCCUACUACCUCUCGUACUUUCCGGCUCUCCUCCAGGGCCCGCUCUCCCGACUCGCCGACCUGUCCCUCCCCCUCCCUCACCUCCCGACCAACCUCUCGCCCUGCCUCACUCUCGGCAUCUUCUGCGGCAGCUCCUCGUCGCCGUCGUUCGAGCUCUUGAGUGCAGGCGCCGCCCGCACGGCGGCGACUCGCGCACACGCCGCGCUCGACGUGUUCGAGCACCUCCUCGACCUCGGCGCCGGCGAGUCGGCCGGCAUGUCGCUCGAGCCCGUCGCCGUGUGGGAGCUCGCGACCGCCGUGCGGUACACGUCGAGCCUUGACGACCGCGUCUUCCUGUCGGAGCGCCUGAGCGACCUGGGCGACAAGAGUCGCGAGGUCAAGGACCACGUCAUCGCCCUCAACGCGCAGGGCUACAGCAGCUUCCACUGGGUAGUCCACGAGUUCACCCGCCUCGAGGAGCUCAUCACGGCCGCCUCGUCCCCCUCGGCGCCGCGCAUGAGCGACCGCCAGCGCGCCGAGUUUGAGCAGCUCCUGUCGUCCCUGUUCGACAAGAUUUCGUCGUCGCUCGGCGACCUCGUCACGUCGCUCGACCGCGCCAUCCCGUCGGCGACGCUCGCGUCCGACUCGGCCAAGCUCAUCUUUGCCGCCUUGCGCAGCGAGGAGUCGCAGCGCGCCGACGAGCUCGACUCGAUCGACUGGUUCCGGCGCAUGACGGCGGCCGUGGCGGCGAGCCCGCAGGGCGGCAAGAAGGUCAAGGCGCUCAAGCGCGACCUCGAGAUCACGAGGGCGAGCGCCGGGGCCGUCAUCGGCGUGUGGCAGGCGCUCGAGGAGACGCGCGAGUCGCUCGUCUCGUACCAACGUCACGUCGAGCACUACAAGGCCGGCGUCGUCGGCUUCCACCUCUCCGGACACGGACUUAGUGUCGAGCAGGAGGUGGACAGCCUCAAGACGGUCAUGGGCGAGAUGCGCGCGUCGCUCGACCAGGCGAAGCGGCGGUCGUCGUCGGGAGGGAGGCGCGGCGCCAAGUCGGUGCCGCACGAGCUGCCCGAGGCGUAGUCUGCCGAGCACCUGAUCUGUGACGUCUAGCUGUUGUUGCAGUGCUGUUGCUCCU